AUGAAGAAGAAGUUAGUGGUGCUGGGCCUGCUGGCCGUGGUCCUGGUGCUGUUCAUUGUCGUCCUCUGUCUCUGGCUGCCCUCAGCCUCCAAGGAACCUGACAACCAUGUGUAUACCAGGGCUGCCGUGGCUGCGGAUGCCAAGCAGUGCUCGGAGAUUGGAAGGGAUGCACUGCGGGACGCUGGCUCUGCAGUGGAUGCAGCCAUUGCAGCCCUGUUGUGUGUGGGGCUCAUGAAUGCCCACAGCAUGAGCAUCGAGGGUGGCCUCUUCCUCACCAUCUACAACAGCACCACCCAUGAGUGCCUCGGAAGAGGAGAGGGAGAGGGGCAGGGGUUGUGGGUUGGGCCGAGGCACAGAAAAGCUGAGGUCAUCAAUGCCCACGUGGUGGCCCCCAGGCUGGCCUUUGCCAGCAUGUUCAACAGCUCGGAGCAGUCCCAGAAGCGAGGGCUGUCGGUGGCGGUGCCUGGGGAGAUCCGAGGCUAUGAGCUGGCACACCAGCGGCAUGGGCGGCUGCCCUGGGCUCGCCUCUUCCAGCCCAGCAUCCAGCUGACCCGCCAGGGCUUCCCCAUGGGCAAGGGCUUGGCAGUAGCCCUGGAAAACAAGCGGACGGUCAUCGAGCAGCAGCCUGUCUUGUGUGAGGUGUUCUGCCGGGAUAGAAAGGUGCUUCGGGAGGGGGAGAGACUGACCCUGCCACGGCUGGCUGACACCUACGAGACGCUGGCCAUUCAGGGUGCCCAGGCCUUCUACAACGGCAGCCUCACGGCCCAGAUUGUGAAGGACAUCCAGGCGGCCGGGGGCAUUGUGACAGCUGAGGACCUGAAUAACUACUGUGCUGAGCUGAUCGAGCACCCGCUGAACAUCAGUCUGGGAGACGCAGUGCUGUACAUGCCCAGUGCGCAGCUCAGUGGGCCCGUGCUGGCCCUCAUCCUCAACAUCCUCAAAGCUGAGUGGUUGCACCACAGCUGUGUGGGUACAGCUUCUCCCGGGAGAGCGUGGAGACCCCCGAGCAGAAGGGCCUGACGUACCACCGCAUCAUAGAGGCUUUCCGGUUUGCCUACGCCAAGAGGACCCUGCUUGGGAACCCCAAGUUUGUGGAUGUGA